GCCAGAAGUUGUAGAAAGAUAUUUAAGUUAUCGGAAGCAUUGCUAGUUUGUGUUUUAGAGAUAAAUAUAGAGACUAUAUAAAUAGAAGGAGAAGGAGAGAUAAUACUUCUAAUAAUUUUUUUAAGACAUGUCAUCCAGAAAGAAAGUCCUCCUGAAGGUAAUAAUCCUUGGAGACAGUGGUGUUGGAAAAACAUCACUUAUGAACCAGUAUGUCAUUAAGAAAUUUAGUAACCAAUAUAAAGCAACAAUUGGAGCAGACUUUCUCACAAAAGAAGUUAUGGUAGAUGACCGGUUGGUCACUAUGCAGAUUUGGGACACAGCAGGUCAGGAAAGAUUUCAGUCUCUUGGUGUAGCAUUUUACAGAGGAGCUGACUGUUGUGUUCUGGUAUUUGAUGUGACGGCUCCAAAUUCAUUCAAGUCUUUGGAUUCAUGGAGAGAUGAGUUCCUUAUCCAAGCAUCACCUAGAGACCCAGAAAAUUUCCCUUUUGUAGUGAUUGGAAACAAGAUAGAUUUAGAAAACAGACUGAUCUCCACUAAAAGAGCUCAAGGCUGGUGUCAGAGUAAGAAUAACAUUCCUUAUUUUGAGACAAGUGCCAAAGAAGCUAUCAAUGUGGAACAAGCAUUUCAGACUGUUGCAAAGAAUGCUUUGGCUCAAGAGACUGAAGUGGAAUUGUAUAAUGAGUUUCCAGACCAAAUAAAGUUGACAAAUGAUCAGAAACCAAGGUCAGAUGGAUGUGCAUGCUAAUUACAGAUUUCAUUUCUAUACAGUUCUUGUGUAAGUAAAGAACGAGUUCACAAAGGUCUUUUUCAGAGGUAAAGUUCUGAGCCAAGAGAAAUACUACCCUAAACCUCAAUAGUAAGUGUGUCUGCUCUGCCUCUAUAAAAGGCCAUUUAUCUCAUUGCCCAAAAAUUUACAUCUAAAACAGUGCACACUGGCUGUUCUACAAUUAAAAUCUUUGUUUUUUGUUUUGAAAUCUUAUGUUUAAUUAUUUAUAAAUGCACUAGGUGUACAUAUAACACUUUCACCAUUUAUAAGUGGUAAGAAAAUAGAAUUUAGUAUGACACAGUAAAUUACAAAUCAAACCUGUAUCUUCAAUAAUAAUAACAGGCACAAAAGUUUCAUGUUUUUGUAAAUUAAGUACUAGUAUCUUUAAUUUAAAUUAUAAAAAAACUACAUUGUAUUCUAGUUGUUUAAAAUUAUAUGUUAAUUAAAACUUUUCAAAUUUAGCAAAUUUUUAAAGUAAAGUGAAUAAAAUACACCAUUGACCUGGUGGUAACUUUGAACAGUGUUUGUGAUUCUUAAAAAAUGUAAAAUUGAUUCUGAACACUUACAGAAUUGAGAUAAAUAUUGAUUGCUUAACAUUUUACUAGUGUACACUGGUAUGUUUCAAUUGAAAGGUAGCUUGAACUUUUCACAUCAGAUAACUUGUUUUCUAAAGUACUCUUACUAUUAAAAUAAAAUGUGAGGCAUUUGUAGUAGUUUUAGAGAUAUUUGUAGACUAUAUUUAUAAUUUUUUACAUUUAUGUAUUUUGUAGCUCUGAUAAUAAAAUUAAUUUGUUUAGUAGCAGUAAAAGUCAGCUAUGCUGUUUAUUGUGAGCAUUUUUGAAAAAUAAUUAAAUCAUUGCAAAAUCUACAGGUAAUUGAUUAAAUAAUACUUUUAACUUUUGUAUAGCUUAAUGGAAUCUGCGCACUGGAUGUGCCUGUUUUUAAAACAUUUCAAAACUAGAGAAAUCAGUGAUGAACAAAAUGUAGUUUCUUUGGAACAGUGUUGAAUUUAUUUGAAUUAUAAUAUUACCAGUGUUUAUCUAAAAUAGUUUCGGUUUUAGUUGAAUAACAAGGUACUAGUAUUGUCAAAAGUGUAUGAUGAUCUUACUUGCAGAUAAUCCUGAUUGAGGUUGAACAUUUCAGGGUUGUUAGUUUUUAUCAAUGAAACAUUGGUAUACUUUAUUGUAUUAGGUAUGAUCUUUAUUAAAACAGUUUUGUUGAAAAUUAUACAGUAACACCCUAAAUUAUAUGCACCUUUUAAUCAGUUUUAAUACAAAUUAAACAGUGUUGAUCUAAAAGAAUUGAGUAAUAAAACAAGUACUAGUGAUAAACUGUAAGCUAUUGUUGAAAUUCCGUAUUAAGUGUUGGAGCAACACUGAAAUAUCAGAAUGGUAUUUUUGUUGUUUGUCAGUCUGUUUUGAAAAGCAUACUGAACAUUUUGAAAGUUUAAAAAAGAUUCUUAUCUGAAAGAAAAUUCAUAUUAGUUUGUAUAAAUGUUUUGAUAUUUCUGAAAACUUGAUAAAGAAACCAAGUGUAAACUUUCUAUAUAGAUCAAAAUAUUAAAAAAGUAUUUGGGUUAAUGUACUCUUUUUAAACAUUGUUCAGAUUUUAAUGGGUUGCAAAUGUUUUUCAAAAACCUCUAUUGCUUAGUGUUUGUGAUGUUUACAGGCUAUUGGGAUAAUAGGUGUUAUGGGGUUCUUGACUUGAAAUAAUCAAGAUACUGUUUAGUUGUAUAAUUUCGUUGAACCUAAAUGAAGCUUUUACUUUCUUGUGAAACUUUGAGUCUUGAAAAAGGCACAGUUAGAAGUUAACAUAAUUUAAUAUUUAUAUCAACUGGAAUUAGCAAUUUUAUAACAAUUGUCAAUAAAGUAUACUUAACAAUAAAAUGUAACAUAAGUAGCUUCUACAUCUUUUUGUAUUUUAAUAUUAUUAAUAAAUGACCUUAUCACACCAAAAAUGUUAUUUUUCUUUAAUUAGACACUCAUCGUUUUGCUUUACAGCUUCAAAAGCAUUCUAUUAAAAUAUAAACUGUAACUGACUGUAAAAAGCGUACAGUUUGUGUUUUAAUGGAACGGUUCUGAAGAAGCUGUGAAGUAAAACAUUGAGUUUCCAAUUAAAGAAAAAUAACAAAUUUGAUGUGGUAAGGUAAUUUAUUACUAUUAUUAAAAUAUCUUUUAUACAUCAAUAUGCACUACAGAAAUUAAAUAACUUUUUGUAUUUAUCAAAUGUCACUUUAAAGGGCUUUAUAGAUUGUAUCUUUCCUGUCCAUGCUUUUGGAAUAAUUACAAAAUAAAUAUAGUUAUUGCAUUCCAACUGUAAGUAACUGGCAAAUCAAUAAAAAUUGUAUUAUGGUUUCAA